AUGUCUCAUACGCAAAUAGAGCUCACGGCACUGCAGCCACCAGAAGCAAUAGCCAAAACAACGAAUUCUUUACGGCGAUCAAGUCGAGCUUCCACCAACAGACCAUCAUAUGACGGCACCGCAGACGUACAGUCUUUGCACAUCCUCGAGCGGACAGACACCGUCACGUCGAAGUCGCGAACCACGGUCAUCAUUGCGUGCGUUACGCUCAUCACGGCUAUCUCGACACUCCUCAAUGGCUUGACGACUGUUGCGCUCCCUGCCAUGGCAAAGGAACUCGACAUACCAAAGCCACUUCAGCUCUGGCCUUCUUCGAUACAAGCCCUUACGAAUGGCUGUACUCUUCUCAUCGCCGGGUCCGUGUCGGACGCUCUCGGGUCGAGGUUCAUGUAUCUGGUCGGCUGUGUGCUCCAGGCAGGUUUCGUGCUUGGAUGCGGGCUCAGCAAGACGAGCACACAGAUCAUCCUGUUCCGCGGUCUCAGCGGAGUCGCUCUGUCUUUCUGCCUGCCGAGCGCGGUGGCGAUAAUAACCCGCUCCUUUGUGGGCAAGAGACGGGACUUUGCCUUCGCCGCGAUGGGCGGCGGCCAACCUAUUGGGUUUGCUGUUGGACUCACGGUCGGUGGCUUUCUGACUGACGGCAUUGGAUGGCAAUGGGGCUUCUAUUUGGCUGCCGUUUUCGAUGCCGCCAUCUUCGCUGUUGCGCUGUUCGGACUGCCAAAGUCUAUCGACUCUCCGCUGGAGGGCCAGGGUGCAGCGGAUCUCACGUGGCGCCAGAAGUGGAUGCUGAUCAAGCAUGACAUUGAUUGGGUGGGAGCUCUCAUCGCCAGUGUCUCUCUGGCUGCCUUGUCCUACGUCUUUGUUACCAUAACGGGUACCAACGCGUCUAUAGCGCAGCCAGAAAGCAUUGUGCUGCUUGUUGUUGCGUUUGGACUCAUUCCUGUCUUCAUAUGGUGGGUUGGCCGAAGGGAAAAGCUGAACAAACCUGCCAUCAUACCUGCCAUCGAAACCAUGCUCACAUUCUUCUUCCAAGACGUCCAGGAACUUUCGGCAACGAAGUCCUCGCUCUACUUCCUACCAGCGCCGGUGUCGGGUGCGUUGAGCAACAUAGUAAUAGGCUUCAUCGUCCACCGCAUCUCGGCCAACUGGCUGGUCCUGGGAGGGUGUACGAUAUCUGCCUUCGGCCCAUUCGUCAUGACCUUCGCCAAGGUCAACAGCUCAUACUGGUCGCACGCCUUCCUCUCAAACGCUUUCAACCCGGUUGGAGCCGACUCACUCUACGUCGUCGCCAACCUGCUGAUCACCAGCGUCUUUCCGCCGAGGACUCACGGCUUGGCCGGCGGAGUUUUCAACACCGUUGCUCAAGUGGGCAAGAGUGUCGGCAUAGCUCUGGUCGCCGUCAUCGCUUCUGCUGUGACGGAGAACUCAGACUACGAGAACAAGAAAAGUCCGGCGGCAUUGCUGGCGGGCUACAAUGCCACGUUCUGGUUCUGUUUUGCCCAGAUUCUGGCGACGGUUGUUAUUGCGUUUUUUGGAUUGAGAAAAGCUGGCAAGGUUGGGCACAAGAAGGACUGA